GCCCUAAUCUACAGCAUCCAGCUGUAGUCACUGACCCGACUCUAGCCAUCCAUGGACUAUUUAGAUCAUCAUAUAGGACGCGGAAAGUCCUCGAUUGCUUAUACAUAACGUUUCUAAUUACUCAAGCCUGUUGCAUCCAGGUCGCACAAUGCUUACAUCAACACCAAAGACGAUCCAAGGCAGAUGUCUUAGUGAAGGCUAUGGUGCCGGACCUCUAUUAUACAGCAAUAUUCCUCUUAGUUUUUGGGGCGGUGUUGAUCCUGCCACCGGCAUCGUUAUCGACCAACACCACCCUUUGGCCGGCAGCUCUCUUGCUGGAAAGAUCCUAGCUAUCCCAAGCGGUCGUGGAUCAUGCUCUGGAAGUGGUGUACUUUUAGAGCUUCUGCUGAACGGCAAUGCUCCAGCUGGAUUCAUCUUCGAACGCGAAGAACUCAUCCUGACAUUGGGUACCAUCAUCGCGGCCGAGUUCUUCGAGAAGUCUGUGCCCAUCGCUCAGGUCUCGCCCGAACGAUUCUCGAGCCUCGCGGGCCAUGGCAUAGUACAAAUCGCCAAUGGCAUUGUUGAAGUAAAUCCGGAGUCUAUCUCGAAUGAUUCAUCAGAUUAUGAGAAACCACCGGUAGCAGGCAUCAACUUGACAGAGCUUGAUCAAGCCAUGCUCGGAGGAGAGUACGGCAAAGCAGUACAGGUUGCCGCUCGAGUUGUGUCAAGAGUUGCAGCGAUCCAAGGCGCGACCGAGCUCAUUGACAUCACUCAAGCCCACAUCGAUGGUUGUAUCUACACUGGCCCUGCUACACUACUCUUCGCACAACGCCUUUGUGACUGGGGUGCCCGGGUGCGCAUCCCAGCGACGCUCAACUCCAUCUCGGUUGAUCGUCAGAGAUGGCGUGACCAAGGCGUUGAUGCUGCGCUGGGUGAGCCCUCAGGCUUACUUGCAGAUGCAUACGUCAAACUAGGUGCCACACCCACUUACACAUGUGCUCCGUAUCUCCUUGAUACAGCACCAAAGGAAGGCGAGCAAAUUAUGUGGGCAGAGUCGAACGCUGUCAUAUUCGCCAAUAGUGUGCUUGGUGCCAGGUCUAUAAAGUGUCCCGACUUUCUCGACAUUUGCGUUGCUUUGACUGGAAGAGCACCCAACUCGGGAGCUCAUAUCACCGAACAUCGAAAGCCACAAGUGAUGAUUGAUGUGGCAUCAGACAUUCAAGGUGAUGACUCCUUCUUUCCGGUAUUGGGUUACCUUGUGGGUGAGUUAGCCGCCAACAGGAUACCCCUCGUCGUCGGUCUCGAAGAUACAAAGGCUAGCAGAGACAACCUCAAAGCCUUCGGAGCAGCAUUUGCAACGACUUCGAGCGCACCCAUGUUUCACAUUGCAGGUAUAACUCCCGAAGCUAUCAGCCCAGCUCUUGAAGAAUGGAAGGUCUCUACACUCAUUGUCAAAGUCGACAGAACAGAUCUCGUGGACAUUUGGUCAAGACUAGACAAAGCUGUGGCGACAAAAGUCGAGUUAGUAUCCCUUGGUAACCCUCACUUCUCCUACGACGAAAUGGUCCUGCUUUCCAAGCUCUGCGAAGGACGAACCAAGCACGCUUCUGUCGCAAUGAUUGUAACCUGCGGCCGUGACACUUACGCCAAAGCAUGCAAAGCUGGCAUCAUGCCUAAGCUUGAAGAGUUUGGCGUACAGCCUGUCACGGAUACUUGUUGGUGUAUGAUCGGAGAGCCGUUGAUUCAUCCUUCGGUGAAAACUAUCAUGACAAACUCGGCAAAGUUUGCUCAUUAUGGUGGAGGAUUGACGGGUAGAGCGAUGCGAUUUGGAAGUCUUGCUGCUUGUGUGGAGGCGGCUUGUAUGGGCGAGUCAUCGAGAUCAUUACCAUCAUGGCUGGGCUGGAAUGACUUUCAAUGAUGCUCAAACAGAUGAUGUUGAGUGUAUUCAUGCCUCCCAAGGUCUUGAAGGUGUAGAUAUAAAUUUGCCAUCUUCCCAUUCAACAAUCAAUUCCGUAACAUCUCUGUGAGUUGAGAAAUAGUUCUCCC